AUUGUCUUGAGUUACAAACCUGUUUCACAUGAUCAUAAGAACCUUGAUCAAACUGCGAUUUUGUUAUUUCAUCGACAAUUCAGUCUUCUUUUCAAGUAGUAGUAUAUAUAUUUAUAUUCAUUCUUCAUACCCACAAAAAAAUUAAAAAAAAUCCAUUCAUCGUGAUACAUGUUCCAAGAGCAUUCUUUUUCAAGACUCAAUUUACUUUUUACAUACAUGAUUCCGCAGCAUGCUAUGAAUCCACCAAACAACUGAAAAUUAAAUCCCAGAAAAGCCAACCGCGCCGCCUUCUCACACAAAAUGGCCAGCGCCGCCGCCAAUGCCACCGCCACCAUUUGUAACCAUCUCACCGUUCCUGCUAAUAAAAACAUAAACUUAUCCUCAAACGCCACCCUUCUAUUUUCCCCUCGCAAAUCCGGUCUCCUCCAAAGCAGCAGCCGUCGUCAAUGCCGCCGGAAUCCUGUUGUUUCUAGCUUACUGUACCCAACACCGUCCCUCUCCGAACCUCAAACCCCAAAACCAAUCUCCUUUGUUCCCAGAUUCGCCUCCGAUGAGCCCCGAAAAGGAUGUGACGUCCUCAUCGAAGCCCUGGAAAGGGAAGGCGUGACAGAUGUCUUUGCCUACCCAGGUGGCGCGACGCUGGAGAUUCACCAAGCGCUUACCCGCUCAAAAAUCAUCCGUAACAUUCUCCCCCGUCAUGAACAAGGCGGUAUUUUCGCAGCCGAAGGAUAUGCCCGCGCUUCCGGCCUUCCAGGAGUCUGCAUUGCGAGUUCCGGCCCGGGAGCAACUAACCUUAUGAGCGGGUUAGCUGAUGCCCUGCGAGACAGCAUACCUCUCGUAGCCAUAACCGGCCAAGUCCCUCAUAAAAUGAUCGGAACCGACGCGUUCCAAGAAACCCCAAUCGUCGAGGUAACGCGAGCGAUCACAAAACAUAAUUAUCUUGUCACGGAUGUAGAGGACAUUCCUCGUGUUGUUCACGAGGCAUUUUUCAUCGCCAAUACGGGCCGGCCCGGCCCGGUAUUGAUCGAUGUCCCGAAGGAUUUACAGCUGCAAAUGGUGAUCCCGGACUGGAACCAGCCCAUGAGGUUAGUUGGUUACAUUUCUAGACUACCUAAGCCACCAAAUGAGGUAUACUUAGAAAGGGUGUUGAGCUUAAUUGAGGAGUCGAAAAAGCCCGUUUUAUAUGUCGGUGGAGGCUGCGUAAAUUCGAGCCAAGAGCUCAGGCGAUUCGUCGAGCUUACAGGGAUUCCGGUUGCAAGUACAUUGAUGGGGUUAGGCUCCUUCCCGUGUUCGGAUGAGGAGUAUUCGUUGCAGAUGUUGGGAAUGCACGGGACCGUGUACGCGAAUUACGCCGUGGACAAGAGUGAUCUUUUGCUCGCAUUCGGGGUGCGAUUCGAUGACAGAGUUACUGGAAAAUUGGAAAAUUUCGCAACCAGGGCUAAGAUCGUUCACGUGGAUAUUGAUUCGGCUGAGAUUGGUAAAAAUAAGCAGCCAAAUGUUGCAAUUUGUGCAGAUAUUAAAUUGGUUCUCCAGAAGUUGAACUCAAUGUUGGAGACGAGGAAGUCGGAUUUUUCAGCCUGGAGACAAGAGUUGAACCAACAGAAGGCUAAAUUCCCGAUGAGUUUCAACACUUUUGGUUCUGCAAUUCCUCCGCAAUACGCCAUUCUGGUGCUCGACGAAUUGACUCGUGGAAAUGCGAUUAUCAGCGUCGGUGUCGGACAACACCAGAUGUGGGCCGCUCAGUUUUACAAGUACAACCGGCCGCGCCAGUGGCUGACGUCCGGCGGGUUCGCGGCCAUGGGGUUCGGGCUUCCGGCUGCCAUCGGCGCUGCCGUCGCGAAACCGGACUCGUUAAUUGUGGACGUCGACGGGGACGGGAGUUUCCUGAUGAAUGUUCAGGAGUUAGCCACAGUUCGGGUCGAAAACCUGCCGGUUAAGAUCAUGCUGUUGAAUAAUCAGUAUCUUGGUAUGGCGGUUCAGUGGGAGGACAGGUUUUAUAAGGCGAAUCGAGGGCAUUCGUAUCUCGGGAAUCCUUCCAAAUCGUCGGAGAUUUUCCCCGACUUCGUGAAAUUCGCCGAGGCUUGCGACAUCCCGGCGGCCCGGGUGUCGAAAACCGAGGAUCUCAGGGGUGCGAUUCAGGAGAUGCUGGAGACUCCGGGUCCCUACUUGUUGGAUGUAAUUGUGCCUUAUCAAGAACAUGUCUUACCAAUGAUUCCUUACGGUGGAGCUUUCAAAGAUGUGAUUACUAAGGGUGAUGGCAGGUCAUUGUAUUAAUUGUUUUUUUUUGCAUAUUUCCACACUAAGUUAUAUCUGUAACAAGACUUUUCUACUGUCGUUCAUUUAUCUUUGUUAUGUAAAUUGUAAAUACG